AUGGGUGCUCUGGACGCUCUUUCAGACUAUUUCACAAUCUCCAAACCAAAAAAGAAACGAAAGCCAAUGCAGACAGUUGAAAUCAAGGUGAAAAUGGACUGUGAUGGCUGUGAAAGGAGAGUUAAAAAUGCUGUCUCUAACAUGAAAGGUGCUAAACAAGUUGAGGUUAACAGAAAGCAGAGCCGGGUGACGGUGACGGGGUAUGUGGAACCAAACAAGGUGUUAAAGAAAGUGAAGAGCACAGGAAAGAAAGCUGAACUUUGGCCCUAUGUCCCUUACAACUUGGUGGCUUAUCCUUAUGCGACCGGAGCUUAUGACAAGAAGGCUCCCUCUGGUUAUGUGAGGAACGUGGCUCAGGCACUUCCUAGCCCAGGUGCACCAGACGACAAGUACACCACUAUGUUUAGCGAUGAAAAUCCAAAUGCUUGUUCCAUCAUGUGA